AUGAAGAUGCUCGCCCGAGGAUAUGUGUACUGGACGAUCAUCAACAGGGACAUUGAAGAAGCUGUACGCCACUGUCGUAACUGUCACGAAGCUGCGAAGAUGCCAAAAAAGACAGUUUUCAAUUCUUGGACCACUGAGAAGAAACCGUGGGACAGAAUUCAUAUCGACUAUGUGGGACCACUGAAUGGUAGGAUGUACCUUGUGGUAGUUGAUGCGUAUUCGAAGUGGCCAGAAGUCUUUGAGAUGUCGUCGUCGUCAACCACUGCAACGUUGAGAGAACUCAGAAUGCUGUUCGCACGAUUCGAAAAUCCCAGGGUGAUCGUGUCAGACAACGGUACGCAGUUUACAGCGAAGGAGUUCUAG